AUGAAGACAACCUCGUCACUUGCCGCCGGCCUAUGGGCCCUGGGCGCCUUUGCCAGAAAUCCGCUGACGCCUGAGAAGGCCGUUGAGGACAUCAAGACACAAGAACUCCAACGCAACCUCUGGAAUUUCAACAAAAUCGCCCGCGACAAUGGCGGCAACCGUGCCUUUGGCCUUCCCGGCUACGAGGCCUCGUCCGACUACGUGCUGGAGCGUGCCCAGACCCGGUUCCACACGACCAUGGACACGUGGAAGCAGUACUUCAACCACACCUUCACCCGGAUCAACGACAUCUCCGUCACCGGGCCCGAGGGAGAGGACGUCGUCGUCAUCGCUCUGACCUACAACCCGGCCACGCCGGCCGAGGGCAUCACCGCGCCGCUGAUCGACACGCCCGUCGACGACGCGCGCGGCUCCGCCUGCUUCGAGGACCAGUGGGAGGGCAUUGACGCCACCGGCCGCCUCGCCCUCGUCAAGCGGGGCGCGUGCGCCAUCUCCGACAAGCUGAAGCUCGCCAGCGCCCACGGCGCCCUCGGCGUCAUCCUCUACAACAACUCCCCCGGUAACGCCAUCACCGCCGCCACCCUGGGCCGCGAGAACAUCGGCCUGCUGCCGCCCGUGGGCACCAUCCCCCUCGAGGUCGGCACGGCCUGGUCUGCCCGUCUGCGGGGCGGCGAGGAGCUCGUUGUCAAGCUCUAUGUCGACGCCGUCUUCGAGGACCGCGAGACGUGGAACAUCAUCUCCGAGACCAAGGAAGGCGACCCCGACAACGUCAUCGUCCUCGGCGCCCACCUGGACUCGGUCCAGGCCGGCCCGGGCGUGAACGACGACGGCUCCGGGUCGGGCGCGCUGCUGGAGAUCAUGGGCUCGUUCAAGAAGUACACGGGGUUCAAGAACAAGGUCCGCUUCAUCUGGUGGGGCGCCGAGGAGUCCGGCCUCAUCGGCUCGCUGUACUACACCUCGACCCUGCCCGAGGAGGAGGCCGACAAGAUCCGCUUCUACUUCAACUACGACAUGAUCGGCUCCAUCAGCCCCAAGUUCGACGUCUACCAGGGCCGCAACCCGGGCGACGCGUACGGCGCGGCCCUGCUGCAGGAGUACCUCCUCGAGGAGGGCUACCCGGCCCAGCUCGCCCCCUUCGGCACCGGCUCGGACUACGUCGGGUUCAUCAACAUCGGCGUCCCCUCGUCCGGCCUCCACACCGGCACCCCGCCGUUCGACCCGUGCUACCACCUCGCGUGCGACGGCAUCGACAACAUCAACUGGGACGCCUACACGGCGAACGUCAAGGCCGCCGCGCGCGCCGCUGCCAUCUUCGCCAACGACCUGAGCGGCGUCCCGCCCCGGUCCAGGACGACGCCUGCCAAGCGGGACUUUGCGUCCGUCCGUCGCGAGUUUGAGCGCUGGGCUGCCAUUGCUGAGGAGGCGGAGCAUGGCCACUCUUGCGGCGGGGAGCAUGGUUCCAAGAACACCAUCUAG